AUCUCCCUUAUAACCCCCACCCAACGCUCUUAUCUCUCCUUUUCCCCUUGUCACAGACCAUCCCCACCUCACCUCCCUCCUUGUUACCCUCACCGCCCACCCUCUACGCGCGCCCUGCAACGUAGACCGCGAAUUGCUCCCCAUCCCCUCUGAUGGCUACCACGAGCGCGAACGUUGCCCGCUUCAUCGGCGGCAACGCAGUCGACAGCGCCGACCCCGGAAAAGUGACAGACUUUGUGAAAUCCCAUGGCGGGCACACGGUGAUCACCAAGGUUCUCAUUGCCAACAACGGUAUCGCUGCAGUGAAGGAGAUCCGCUCUGUGCGUCAAUGGAGCUACGAGACGUUCGGCACCGAGCGUGCCGUCGAAUUCACCGUGAUGGCCACACCUGAAGACCUCAAGGCGAACGCAGAGUACAUUCGCAUGGCAGACAGGUACAUCGAAGUUCCUGGAGGCACGAACAACAACAACUAUGCCAACGUCGAUGUUAUUCUGGAUGUUGCGGAGCGCGCGGGUGUACAUGCUGUUUGGGCUGGAUGGGGACAUGCAUCCGAGAAUCCACGCCUGCCCGACUCCCUGCACGCUCACAAGAACAAGAUCGUCUUCAUCGGUCCUCCUGGGUCCGCCAUGCGCUCCCUGGGUGAUAAGAUCUCUUCCGCGAUCGUUGCCCAACACGCCGAGGUGCCAUGCAUGCCCUGGUCUGGAACCGGCAUCUCCUCCACCACUAUUUCCGACGAGGGUUUCGUCACUGUGCCUGAAGAGGCCUACGCUGAAGCGUGUGUGAAAAACGUCGAGGAGGGUUUGGUCAAGGCGGAGAUCAUUGGCUUCCCCGUGAUGAUCAAGGCGUCCGAAGGUGGGGGAGGGAAGGGGAUUCGUAAGGUCGAAAACCCGGAUCAUUUCAGGAACGCCUUCCAGGCAGUUAUGGGCGAGGUCCCGGGCUCGCCAAUCUUCAUCAUGAAGCUCGCGGGCUUUGCGCGCCAUUUGGAAGUCCAGUUGCUGGCAGACCAGUAUGGGAAUGCGAUCUCCCUGUUUGGUCGUGAUUGUUCCGUGCAGCGCAGGCACCAGAAGAUCAUCGAGGAAGCCCCCGUGACGAUCGCCAAGCCGGAGCGGUUCGAGCAGAUGGAGAAGGCUGCUGUUCGGCUCGCAAAGCUAGUGGGCUACGUCAGUGCUGGUACUGUCGAAUACUUGUAUAGCCAUGCCGAGGACUCGUUCUACUUCCUCGAGCUCAACCCCCGUCUUCAGGUCGAGCAUCCUACCACCGAGAUGGUCUCCGGUGUCAACCUGCCGGCUGCUCAGCUGCAGAUUGCCAUGGGUAUCCCGCUCCACCGCAUUCGGGACAUCCGCCAGCUGUACGGCGUCGCCUCGCACGGUACGUCCGAGAUCGACUUCGACAUGGUCAACCCGCAGUCGGCGCAAAAUCAACAUAAACCCCUGCCUAAGGGUCACGUCGUCGCCGUCCGUAUCACCGCGGAAAACCCUGAUGCGGGGUUCAAGCCCUCCGGUGGGCAUCUGCAGGAACUCAACUUCCGCUCCAACACCAAUGUCUGGGGUUACUUCUCUGUCGGCUCUACCGGCGGUCUGCACGAAUUUGCUGACUCCCAGUUCGGCCAUAUCUUUGCGUACGGAGCGGACCGCAGCGAGUCCCGCAAGAACAUGGUCGUUGCGCUUAAGGAACUCUCCAUCCGGGGUGAUUUCCGCACCACCGUCGAAUACCUCAUCAAGCUGCUCGAGACGCAGGCCUUCGAGGAGAAUACGAUCACCACCGGCUGGUUGGACACGCUCAUCAGCAACAAGCUCACUGCUGAGAGGCCCGAUGCGACCCUCGCCGUUAUCUGCGGCGCGGUCACGAAGGCACACAUGGCCUCCGAGGUGUGCUGGAGCGAGUACAGGCGGAUCCUGGACAAGGGCCAGGUCCCUGCUAAGGACACGCUCAAGACGGUCUUCGUUGUCGAUUUCAUCUACGAAGGCAUGCGUUACAGCUUUACUGCCGCUCGUGCAUCCCAGACGCUCUGGACGCUGUACCUGAACGGCGGGCGCACGCUCGUCGGUGCCCGCGCGCUCGCUGAUGGCGGUCUCCUUGUCACUCUUGACGGCAAGUCCCACUCUGUCUACUGGAGGGAAGAAGUCGGCGCGCUCCGUCUCAUGAUCGACGCCAAGACCUGCCUCAUCGAGCAGGAGAACGAUCCCACACAACUCCGCUCGCCUUCCCCUGGCAAGCUCGUCCGUUUCCUCGUCGACAGCGGCGACCAUCUGAAAGCCGGCGACGCGUACGCCGAGAUUGAAGUUAUGAAGAUGUACAUGCCGCUCAUCGCUACGGAGGACGGAGUGCCGCUGUUUGUCAAACAGCCUGGUGUCACACUCGAGCCGGGCGAUAUCCUCGGUAUCCUCACUCUGGACGACCCUGCCCGCGUGAAGCACGCAAAACCAUUCGAGGGCCAGCUCCCGCCCAUGGGUGCACCCUCCGUUGCUGGCAACAGACCCCACCAGCGCAUGGCGCACUAUGUCGAGACGCUUAGCAACAUCCUGGAUGGUUACGAUAACCAGGCUGUCAUGCAGAGCACUGUUAAGGACUUCUUUGACGUCCUGCGCGACCCAGAACUGCCCUUCACUGAAGCUGCCUUCAUCCUCGCUGCUCUGUCUGGUCGCAUGCCAGGCAAGCUCGAAGAGUCGAUCCGCUCUGCGAUCAACUCCAGCAAGCACCGCGUUGGUGCCGAGUUCCCAACUGCAAGGAUAAGGAAGCUCUUGGAGAACUAUAUGCAAGAGAACAUGCGUGAGCAGGACCGUCCUAUGUUCCGCACCCAGCUGGCGGCAGUCUUCGACCUCUGCGAGCUGUAUCGUAAUGGGCUCAAGUCGCAUGAGUGGUCCACCGUCGCCACCCUCUUAGAGAGGUAUGAGAACACGUCGAAGUUGUUCGGCGGUCGCCCUGAAACGGUGGUGCUCAAACUCCGCGAUCAGCACAAGGACAACCUGGACGUCGUUGCCCAGCUUGUGCUGAGUCAUUCUCGUGCUGCGAACAAGAACAAGCUCGUCCUGCUCCUGCUCGACCAUGUCAAAGAAGGCGGAUCUCGGAUUGCCACUCAGGAACCGAGGCUGUACAAUGUGCUCAAGGAGAUCGCCACUCUUGAGAGCAAGUCGUGCCAGCCGGCCGCGCUCAAGGCCCGCGAGGUGCUCAUCCUCACCCAGAUGCCUGCAUAUGAAGAGCGUGCUAUCCAGAUGGGUGAUCUGCUCAAGAACUCGGUCAAGACGACUUACUAUGGCGAGGCUGGGGACGACUCCAGGACGCCUGCGUUUGAGAUACUCAAGGAACUGGUCGAUUCCCGCUACACUGUGUACGACGUUCUCCCCACUUUCUUCCAGCACGACGAUCAGUGGGUCGCCAUCGCUGCGCUUGAGGUGUACAUCCGCCGUGCGUAUCGCGCCUACGAGAUCAUGUCAGUCAGCUAUGAAGAGGGUGAUAACCUGGAUGAUGGGGAUGCGCCUAAUGCUGUCACGUGGAGGUUCCGCGUUGGCCGUUCAUACUCUCCGCCUACGACGCCUCGCGUCGAGAACGGGAAUAUCAGGCGGUCCGGCUCCCUGAGCGACUUCUCCUUCCUUCUCCACAAGAGCCAGAGCGAGCCCAUCCGUUACGGCACGAUCGCUUCGUUUGGGAGCCUUUCUGCUGCCGAGCGUGGCUUCCACAAGGCCGCUGAGUUGCUGCCGGUCACUCCCGCUGGCAACAACAACCAGGAAAGCGUGCUCUAUGUUGCUCUUCGUAUCUUCCACGAAGUGGAUGAUAUGCCCGAUGACCAGUGGAGAGCGGCCUUUCUGAAGAUAACCAACGACAACAAGGGCCUCAUCGCGUCCCAUGGUAUCCGUCGUGUCACAUUCCUCAUCUGCAGGAAGGGUAUUUACCCUUGGUUCUAUACCUUGCGCUAUAAGGACGCCGAGUGGGAGGAAGACGAAGCAAUUCGUAACGUUGAGCCUGCUCUGGCGUACCAGCUCGAGCUUAACCGUCUGUCCAACUUCAAGCUCACCCCGUGCUUCGUGGAGAACAGGCAGAUUCACAUCUACCAUGCUGUUGCUCGCGAGAAUCAGCUCGAUACGCGCUUCUUCGUUCGCGCCCUUGUCCGUCCUGGCCGCUUACGCGGACCCAUGAGGACUCGCGAGUACCUCAUCUCCGAGACAGACCGUCUUGUUGGUGCUAUUCUCGAUUCGCUUGAGAUCGUCCAGCCGCAGUAUCGAAACACUGAUUGCAACCACAUUGCAAUCAACUUUGUGUACAACCUGCACGUCACUUUCGAAGAGGUUGAGGAGGCAUUGGCCGGCUUCAUUGAGCGUCAUGGCAAGCGCUUGUGGCGUCUCCGUGUCAUUGGUGCAGAGAUUCGCAUUGUCCUCGAGGACGAGGAAGGGAAUGUCAUGCCUAUCCGUGCGGUCAUCGAGAACACCACUGGCUUCGUUGUCGAAUAUCACUCGUACCAGGAGGUGCCCAGCGAGAGCGGUGCUACCAUCCUCAAGUCCAUCGGCCAAAUUGGUCCUCUCCACCUGCAGCCAGUGAAGACCCCUUACACCACCAAAGAGUCCCUCCAGCCUCGUCGCUACCAGGCUCACUUGGUCGGCACGACGUAUGUGUACGACUAUCCCGAUUUGUUCCGCCAGGCGCUCAAGCAGGUGUGGGCGAAGGCAAAUAAGCUGAACCCCGCUAUUAUUGCCCCCAAGGAUGUCCUUGACUCUAAGGAGCUAGUGAUGGAUGAAAACGGUGAGCUGCAGCCCAUCGCGCGUCCGCCAGGCAGCAAUGUCUGCGGUAUGGUCGCCUGGAUCUUCACUCUCAAGACGCCCGAAUACCCGCAAGGCCGUCGUGUGGUAGUCGUCUCCAACGAUAUCACGUUCAAAAUUGGCUCGUUCGGACCCAAGGAGGAUGAGUAUUUCAAUGCUGUCACGGAUCUUGCUCGGGGGUUGGGUCUACCUCGCAUCUACCUCUCCGCCAACUCCGGUGCUCGCAUGGGCCUGGCAGAGGAGGCUGUUGGCCUAUUCUCUGUUGCCUGGAACAAUCCGAAUCAGCCGGACAAGGGGUUCAAGUACCUCUAUUUGACGCCGGAGAAUCUCAGCAAGUUGAACGAGAAGGGCGCUAGUAGCCUACGCACCAUUCAGAUCGAAGAGGAGGGCGAGGUCAGACAUAAGAUCACCGACAUCAUUGGUCUGCAGGAGGGUCUGGGUGUUGAAUGCUUGAAGGGUUCGGGUCUGAUCGCUGGUGCCACUUCCCGUGCUUACGACGAUAUCUUCACCAUCACCCUUGUAUCCGCACGCUCUGUCGGUAUCGGCGCUUACCUUGUUCGCCUUGGUGAGCGUUCCGUUCAAGUCGAAGGUCACCCGAUCAUCUUGACUGGCUCGGCCGCAUUGAACAAGGUUCUUGGCCGCGAGGUCUACACCUCGAAUCUCCAGCUCGGUGGCACCCAGAUCAUGUACAAGAACGGCGUCUCCCAUUUGACUGCAAACAAUGAUCUUGAGGGUGUUCAACAGAUUCUGGAGUGGAUGUCGUAUGUGCCCGAGGCGAGGGGCUUGCCGCUCCCCAUCAGGCCGACAACCGAUAGCUGGGAUCGUGACAUCGGCUAUUACCCGCCCAAGGGCCCUUAUGAUCCUCGCUGGUUCCUUGCUGGCAAGACUGAGGAGAUCAAUGGUAGUUCUGAAUGGCUUCAUGGGUUCUUCGACGAUGGCUCAUUCCAAGAAACCUUGGGCGGGUGGGCGCAGACUGUCAUUACUGGUCGUGCCAGGUUGGGUGGACUGCCCAUGGCAGUGAUCGCCGUGGAGACUCGGACCAUCGAACGUGUCAUCCCUGCUGACCCAGCCAACCCUGCUUCCUUCGAGCAAAGAAUCAUGGAGGCUGGGCAGGUAUGGUAUCCCAAUUCCGCCUACAAAACCGCACAGGCGAUCUUCGACUUCCACCGCGAGGGGCUACCACUUAUCAUCUUUGCCAAUUGGCGUGGCUUCUCCGGUGGCCAGCAAGACAUGUACGAUGAGAUCCUCAAGCAAGGCGCCAAGAUCGUCGACGGCUUGUCAGCAUACACGAAACCUGUCUUCGUCUAUAUCAUGCCCAACGGUGAAUUACGUGGCGGUGCUUGGGUUGUGCUCGAUCCUUCCAUUAACCCUGGCCACAUGGAGAUGUUCGCCGAUGUUGAUUCUCGUGGUGGUGUGCUUGAGCCGGAAGGUAUCGUUGAGAUCAAGUUCCGCAGAGACAAGCUUCUGGCUCUCAUGCAGCGUCUUGAUCCCGAGUACGCAAGGCUUGCAUCACUGAGCAAGGAUUCGACAAAGAGUGCCGACGAGCGCGCAACCGCGAAAGAUCAGCUGUCUGUGCGGGAGCAGGAACUCACACCAACGUAUAGGCAGAUCGCUCUCCUCUACGCUGAUCUCCAUGACCGUGCUGGACGCAUGCAAGCCAAGGACUGUGCGGAGCCAUUGGAGUGGAAGAAUGCCCGUCGCUUCUUCUACUGGAGGCUGCGGGCACGCCUGGCACUCGCUGAGGCGUAUGAGCAGUUCCAGGCGGUCGACUCCGAGAUGACGGAGCAGAGUUGUGAAGCAAUGCUGUUAACGGCGCAUCCUGAUCUGAACUUCUCCGAUAACCGCCAGCUCGCUGAAGCCCUUGCGAAGGUCGAUCUCGCGCAAACGGUUGAGAAGGUUCAACAGCUAGCCGUGGCGAGACAGAUCAAGGUGCUGUCUGCCACCAACCCGACCGGCGCAUUCAGCGGUCUCAUCGCAGUUCUGCACACCAUGACGGGUGAGAUGAGGGCAUCCCUGUUGGCUGAGCUCCAGUCCGGCGAAUCCGGUCCCCCUUCAUACUCUUCCCCAGCUAGCAAGCACGCCCUAGCAUAGAACGGACUUUUCCAUUCCGGUCCUAAUAUGUAUCCUUAAUGACGCACAAACCCACGUUUUCGUUUCCUUUCCCCAUUCGUAUAUAGAGGUCGCCUGGGUGAGGCAAAAGCAGCAUAGAGUUACCGUUUUAUUGCG